UGUCCCUCUGACACAGCGAUCUCACUGAUCACGGAAAGAGCCGAAGAUGGGACAUGUACACUGAUCAUCAGAGCACUGAUGAUCAGUGUACCCUGAUGAUCAGUGUAGCCCCAGCAGCGCCACCUGUCAGUGUCCAUCAGUGCCUUGUGUCAGUGCUCAUCAGUGCCUCGUGCCAGUACCCAUCAGAGCCACAUCAAUGCCACAUAUCAGUGCCCAUCUGAGUUGCCUUUCAGUGCCGCCUAUCAGUGCCGCCGAUCAGUGCCAGUCAGUGCCGCCUAACAGUGCUAUUUAUGAGUGCCAUGUAUCAGUGCUGCCUUUCAGUGCCCAUCAAUGCAG